GUCCAGAGUAAGACCAGGAUCUACAGCCAUUAGUUUGCAUACUGGAAACAAGGGUCGAUCAAAAUGAAGCUUCUACUUUGGGCCUGCAUCGUGUCCGUUGCUUUUGCAAGGAAGCGUUUCUACUUCUUUGAUGAGAAUUUUGCCUCAUCGAGUGAAGAGGAUUACAACGGCAAUUUUGGCAGUCGUUACCCAAUUAACCCAUCUCUGAAUAUUCCUUAUCCCCUGCCAGAGAGUGACUUCGCCCCUCCCAGCAGUCUUCCGGGGAAUAAUUUCCCCAGAUACCCUAGGAAUCGUGACCCUGAUGCACGGAUACUCCCAAAUCGCUGGAUUUUCACUGCUUUUGGAGCCCCCUUCUACCGCAUUCCCAAUUUUCCCACACCUUCUUGGUUGCCCCGCCCUCUUCCUCCUCCUCCUCCUCCUCCUCCUCCUCCUCGUGGGGAUCUCCCCUUCCUCCCACCCCCAAGUAGACGUUGGGGCCCUUUUUCCCCACCUGAGACAGCUCUACCUGUUGCAGCCGAACCAUACGUAGCUAAACCUUUUGUCCCACCUACACCCCCACGCACCGUCCCCGAGAUUGAGCCGCCUGCCGUCACUGCGCCGGAUGAAGGCGAGCCCGCCGCCGCCGCAGGGCCUCAGCCCUCGCCUUCUGACCAGGUAAAGAAGUGAACUUUUCAAGAGAAGAGAGUACCAUACAUUUGUUUCUAAAUCUCCUAUAAUGAAAUGCCUGGUUUUGAUUUGUAUUUUGAGCGUGCUUCUGCAAAGAACAGCAUAAGAAGAAUCUGAGGGAGCCCUUUACCAUAGCUUUUUAAAAUAAAUUCUAAGUAUAAAUUAUGUAUAUGGUUAGAUUCUGUAUUAAGUUAUGAAUUCAGUAAUUAAAAAUAGGAACAAAUUGCUUUGACUUAAAUAUUUAAAGAAUUUUUAAUCCAUUGACCCACUACCUAUGUUUUACAAAUGUAAAUAACUUGCCAUAUUGACCUGAGUUUUUGAGUAAAAGAAAUAAAAUGUUUUCUGCCCAACAGAAAUUUCCCCUAGGGAUUUGAUUCUCUUUUUCCACAUCCCAGAUGUAAGCCAUUCUGAAGUUUGUGUAUAUGUUUCAUUGGCCUGUUUACAUAAUUUUAGUAUGCAUAUAUACGGCUCUUAAAAUAAGUAAAAGGAUUUUGUGAGGUUUUUAAAAUUUACACAAACAUG